AUGGAUGGUCUAAUGAGAGAACAAGACUUGAAUUAAAAUUUAAGAGUUAGAAUAACUAAUUAUGAAUCAUAAUAUUCUGAUGUUUAAGGUGGUUGGAUUAGUUGGUUUUGCGCACUAGAAGAUCAUUAAUUUUUAUGUGAAGUUGAUGAAAAUUAUAUAAGAGAUAGUUUUAAUUUAUAUGGAAUCAAAUAAAAAUUUAAUCAUUACAAUGAUGCCAUCGAAAUGAUUUUAUCUUAAGAAACUCCUGAUGAUGAUGAUUUAGAAGAUGAAAGGUUUUUUAAAAAAA